UGUGCGACUAGAAUACCGUAAUUUAAUCCGCCAGCAAACACAAGGGUAAUUCUUAAACCACGUCGCGGUUAGUGUGGUUUUACGGCAGUAUGCAUACUUAAAUCGUUCCCAAGAAUCCCAGCGGACCAAAAAAGGGCUCCCGAGUUGAUGUUUUUCUGCCGAAAGCUGACCGAAAUCGAUAAAAUGUUUGGUAAACUCUCGGAAGUGUUGCAAACGGCAGCCGAUGUGCUCGCACCACCUCCAACGGCACUACAGGACUUUGACUACCACUAUCGGCUGGUAAAAAACUUCUAUGUCGCUGAUAAAACCCUCCCAAAGAUCCACAUCAACGACACCAACAUUCCUACGCACCUCGACCAGAUGCUGCAGAUACUGAUACGCGAAGAGCAGCAGAACGAGUCACUCCCGAAAGCGACAAACGCCGUUGCAAUCGAUGCGAGUACGGCAGCGACAGGAUCAACGGUUGGUCCAACAUCCUCAACGCCAUCGGCAUCACCGUCGGCGGUUUCCAGCGCCAGUAAUAAGGAACCAUCGAAGCAUGCCGAAUGCAUGGAGUUUGUGUUAAACAACCGGCCGUUGGAUGUGCUGGUGGAGUUUGCCGCCAACGAUACGCCUCCCGGUGCGCGGUACAUCGUGCUAAACUGGAUCCGACGAUUCCUGUCCUGUCUCAAGCACCCCCCGUUAGGUCAUGCCAGUAUCUUUCAACCGGUACAGCGGUUGGUGGAACUUUGCAACGGUACCAUCGCAUCGCCUUACGAGCGCGAGGAGAUACUGUUUCUCGAGACCGUGGCUGGCCUCGUGCGGAAGGAUUCCAUUCUCGUGAAUCUGUUCCUCAAAUCGCACCAUCACUCGGCCCAGAUGCUGGGCAACUGGAAGGGUCUCGGUGUGAACAAAGCACCGGUAAACAAUCCAUUGUUCCUGAGCACAAAGCUAGAGUACGAUUCGCGGAGGAUUUCUCUGAUCACAGAAGAUCAGAGUGAGCGAUCAGGGGAGCCACAGACCGAAGGUGAACCGCAGUCGCUGCCAGUGAGUAAUGCUAGCGAGAAGGCUGAUAUCGAGACCUGUGAUUGUGAUGAUGAAGAUCAGUUGAUCCUCUUCGACGCCAUUGUUAGUUACCUGGAUAGCGCGGAUAGUACGAUCGUCGUACGAGCGUGCGAAGGUGUUCUCAUUCUGGCCUCGCUGCCCACCCUUCGUAAAUCUUGCAAAGCCAUCCGCAACAGCAUUGGACGAUUUGCGACCAUGAUGGCCACCCGGUUGGCGGCCAACUGCCAACAGAUUCCAGAAGAUAUGGACACCGGAGACAUCGAAGACGCCAACGUCACGUGGGGACUGUUUCCACGGGAUCCCGAAGAACCCCACUACAUCGGUCGCUACCAGUUGACGGCGUUUCUCUGCUGGUUGGAUUACUGCGAUUGUUUGAUGAAGGAAAGCGCACUGCUGGUACCGGAGCUAGGGCCCCGGAUACGAGAGGAGUUGCUUAUCAACUACAUCGAAUCAUCGUUGCUUGGUUGCUUCGCCCCAUUCGCACUGGUGCUGACGGCGAAAAUUGUAAAGAAAACGCAAUCCAAACCGCUGCUCGAUGAGAUUGCCAACUGGUUAGUCGGGGAGGAUGAACUGAUGGAUGUGAACAACUGUCUGCUUACCAUUCUGAUUGAGAACGCACACGAGAAUACGGACAUUUUCCUACCAACACUGCAGUUCGUUGAGUCUCUGUUGGAUAAUCCUCACGAAAAGAUUCUGCAUGGCAUGCUGUUCUUCUACAUCAACAAUCGAGGCUACUACGAUAGCAACUCACAGUCAACCAUUCAAUCUUGGUCCGAUGAGGAGGAUAACCGGGAACGACGGCGUGGCAGUGCCGAUGAUCCGAUCAAGUCUCGCACACUGGCCCCGAGUAACAUCCUUCGGAUUAUUAACCACUUCUUGCUUCUCUUGCCUCGUCAAAUUAUCAAUGAUGCGGGCGGCAUUUGCUACGAGGAGUACAUGCAGGACGCUAAUAGACACUAUCAAACGUGGAUAAAGAAAACGCACGGUUUCAGUUGGCCCGUUGAAGCCGUGUGGCAGGAAAGUGGCGAGUCGUCCCCACUAGCUGGCCACAGCGAACCGUGUCUAAGUGGUACGGGUAGUUCAGGUAUGAUGACCGUAGUGCCACUACCACCAAUGAAACCAGUUAAGAAGCCCCGCUCGGGAGCAACGGAUCUGCAGACGUGCGGAGACAGUGGCAUUUCGGAGGAGAGCUUCUACGAGGGACCGCUUUUGAAGCUACUGUUCUCACACGUCAAGCAUAUGAACACGCAACCGUACGAGCUGAAUCUGGCCGUGAUUGCCAUCCUCUCCAAGUUGGCCCUCUUUCCGCAUCCGUAUUUGCAUGAAAUUUUGCUCAAUCCAGAAAUACCGGUAGCUACCGGUGCUACGACCCUCUGGUCCGUCAUGCAGUUCCUUGCACGCCAGGUGCUGACGGAGAUACCGCGGGUUGAGAACUUCCAGGAGAAGAUCAAGGACACGGGCAGGCGUUUGCUGUCGAACCCACCGUUGUACCACAAAGACAGUGAGCACGAUGGGGGCGGUGGCAGAGGAAGCAGCGAUACGACGGCUCCGGGUGGGCAUGCUGAAGACGAAGAGGAAAUCAAUGAUCCCCUAUUCGAAUCGAUCGUUGUGCUGGAAGAAUUUUGCAAGGAGCUGGCAGCAAUUGCCUUCGUAAAGUACCAUCAUGCCAAGGAAGAGUGAACCAUUCCAAAGUGAGAAAAAGCCAGCAAGACGGAGAGGCUAGGAAGAUUUGGAUGCCACCCGUUGCGCUUGUUUGGGUAAGAUGACUGCAACUUCGAGUUUAUGUUUUAGCUUCAUUCGAUAAAGUUGGGCACCCCAGUGCUUAAUAGAACGCUGCAUGUUCUAUGGGAUGAGAAUUAAUUGAUAAUUAUCUUAAGUAGCACAAUGCGGUUUCACGCCGUUUGUAUUCUAUCUAGUCCUCGCCGCCAGUACAGUGCAAUAACGACGGGAUCUUAUCAAAACGGGAGAUAAAAUUCAAAUCAAAUUGUCGAAUCAAAGUGAACCAAGAGAGUUCGGAACGAUGAGACACAGUGAUCAAUAAAGGAGCAAACAUCCAACAAGUGGACCGGCCCGUAUUUUUGCAUCCGAUCACGGUGACCCAUCUCAACGUCUAUCAUCGACUU